AUGAAAUAUUGGCCAGGGCGUAUCUUUGAGAGUGCAUUCGCGUUUGUUAGCCCCCGUGCCAUUAAUCAACGUCGUCAAAAUCUACAUCCAACCCAAAUCACUGCAUUUUUCGAUCAAUCGACCGCGUUCUUAUACCCCUUCAUCUUCAUCAAACUCGUGGUACUGUGGGCUGCUUACCAGGAGAAACGCCUGAGAAGCCCGCUGCGGCUCCGACUGAAUGGUCGCUCGUCGGCGCCGGUCAUAAAGCCUCGUAACACGACAUUUGGCGGGAGCGAUCUACGCACUACUUUCAACGACGACCUCGACCCAGCGCCAUCAACCUCGAUCCUUCCCCAUGACUGCAGUCGCCAAUCCACUAGCGUUCCCUCAAGUGUCGCGUUCAUCAUGGGGUACUAUUAA